AGAAUAAAGAGAAUACAGAAUAUAAUCCACAACAGGGAUACAACUAUUCUCAUCAACAAGAAAUAAGUGAUAAUAAUUAUCAAGUUUUUGAAGCAGCAGCAGGAGGUCAACAUGAGACUCAAAAUGAAUACUAUCAACAGCAACAGCAAAGACCUCCUUAUUCACAAUAUCAACAAGGAGGAAAUUCUCAUUCGCAGCAGCAAUUAACAUACCAACAAGUGAAUUCACAUCAAAAUCAAGCAUCUAUUCCACAUGGUUACCAAGGAAGUCCUCAUCAGAACAAUAUAUCAGAUCCUCAAUAUAAUCAUGACCAACGUAGUCCUCAUCAAUAUGCGUCGUCAUCUCCUCAGCAACAGCAACAGAUGAACUCGUCCCGGACAGCUUCGGUUCCUCAAACACAAGAACAUACGACUUAUUCACCGGAACCUAACGUUUAUUCAAUUGGUCCGUUAAAUGGUAAUGUUAAUAAUCCAGAUGGUGGUAUGAAUAAUAGUCAAAUCAUUGGUCAAAGAGAAGAUCAAAGUGGUCCGAUUAAUAGUAGUCAAGGAGUGCCAAUAAUUGUUGAUCAAGAUGUCAAAGGAGUUCAAGGUAGCGAUGGUAAUUUGCAACAGCAAGGAGGAAAUAACGAAUUUACGAGACAAAUAUAUUAUUCAUCGGAACCCACAACAGCAUAUAUUACAAAAGCAGCAAUUAAAUCAGAUGGAAUGGAAUAUGAACAAUACCCACAAGAUGCAUAUACAGCAGAAAAAUUGGAAACAUCGGAUGGAGGCGUCGGAGAUACUUAUAAUAGAUAUGAUUCAUAUAACAAUGACAUGCCACUUACAUCAAAAAAUGAAAAAAAUAAUAAAGGUGAUACACCGAUAGCUCAAUAUAAUAAUAACAAUUAUGCAUUUGCAUCAUCGUCACAAUUUAUCGUUGAACCAAUAAACGUAAAUAAGAAUUCAUUUCCACCUUCUAUUAUUUCAAAUCGUGGUACACCAAAUCCAAAUCCAAUAAUACAUUUUAAAGAUCAAUCAUCCAGAGCAACUUCUAUCACUUCAAGUAAUUCACGGCAAAAAAAUGACCUACAAUCACCAUCAUUACCUUUAACUGUAACAGCUAAUCAGCAUUUACCACCACCUGAAGUACCUUCAGGCUCACAUCCAAAACAAUCCGUUACAUCUUUAUCAAACCCUCAAUCUUAUUAUAAUAUUCCGCCGUCUCCAUUAAUUUCACCGUUACCUACACAAGUUGCAAAUACACAAGAAUCCGUACAAGGCACAAAUUCAAAAGUUACGAAUUCGCAAAUUGACUCUCAGAUUCCUUCACAGGUCGUGAAUAUAUCAGCUCAAAUGAACCCACAAAAGGUAAACCAAAUCGAAUCUCAAAUGAAUUCUUCUCAAAUUAGUUCUUCAGAUUAUUAUACACAACCAAUACCAUCUCAUGCAUCACGAGGAUAUUCCCAAUCAACGCCAUCACAAUAUUCACAUGAUUAUAGUAAAGAAGAAUCUGGCGCUCAUGAAAUUGUAUUCCCGCAAGAUGAUGUCGUUGCGCAGCAUGAAAUCGUUACUUCUUCACAACAACGACAACAUAAUGGACGUGUAGCAUCAGUAGCAGGUAGCGAUGGAGGUUUUUAUAAUAGUAGAGUUUCCUUGAAUGGUAAUUUAGAUAAAACUUUACCACCACCUCCACCUCCGUCAUCUAUCGUUUCUACUCGAUAUCAAUCACAACAUGGUAGUGAAGCCAGUAAUUAUGGUGUUGAAGCUAGACCACACGGUCGUGAAUCGAGAAAUCAUGGUAGUGAAACAAAUUAUGGAAGUGAAAAAAAUUAUGGAAGUGAAAUAAAUUAUGGAAAUUAUGGAGUCGAAUUUCGGCAACAUGGCAGAGAAAUGAAUGAUUACGAAGCUAAUCGAUUACCUGGAGGAGGACAAACAAAUGAAAAUCCAACCUUAAUUCGUAGUUUUUCUCAAAUAAAAUCUUUAGAACAAAUUUGGGGUAUGCCUACAUUCGUGGAAGAUCAGGAUAUAUUUGAUUAA